CAUCACGCAACGUGUCCCACCGAAAUCACUCGACAUGUACACCUGUUUGCACAGUUAGGCUCAGCCACAUUUCUUUCUAUUCAAACACAGUGCCUCUACAGACAGCGCACUCACCUUUUUGCUAACGAUUCCUCGGUCUCGUCUCCAAGGCAAAUGAUACGCGUGGCUCGCCCGCCCCGUUUCUGCCCAUAGCGGUUCCAAUUCGACAGAGCACCUUGGCAUCUUGCUGUAUAGCUACCACGAAACCGAGGCGCAGCCCAAAGCAGGACGUCCAAUAUCACACAGAGCAACCUGCAUCGCCCCGCAUCACCUACCGCCAGCUCCAAUUCCAGGUCAGGUAGUUCGUCCGCAUCGAGUCGCCGACCAAGACCAUCGCCAUCCCACCGAACGUCGCCUACCUGAAUAUCCUUAUAUGACUGCCACUCCUCCAGCUCAACGCGAGGACGCGCAUGGCACCAGAUCGGCAAAAAUGGCAACACGAGAUCAUGGUGAAGAUCAAGGAUCAGAUAUCUCAAGACCUCUCUUGCUUGCUUCCUCUGUCACAGUUUCUCGAGGUCCGAUCGAAGCUGGUUUCGGUUUGACCACGCCAGGAAGCCUUCCUCCUCGGCACGCCAAUCGUCAGUCCAGCCAAGAACGUCGACCAGACGAUGAGAGCACAGAUAUGAGCAGGAAUGGUCCAAACCUCGACAGACAGUAAGUGGCCUCCGGGAAGGUUUAGUGCUCGCUAAAGAUGUCUACCUCUUCUUCCUCUCUACCGUUCACGAUAGCAGAGGACUAUACAGCUCAACCUGAGAAUCCAGGCGGUGCUUAUAAUUCCAUGAGCCGACUUGAGAACAGCCCCAUAAGAAGCUAGCUCCCAAACGAUCUGAACGGCCUCAUUUCAAGACUGAACGAGCUAAAAUUAGAUCCUUCUUCCUCUAUUUCCCGCUCUGGAGUUGUUGCCGUUGCGAAUGAAGAUGAGGGGGCCAUAAUGAGGGGCGAUGGCAAACCCGUCGAUUUCCCAUCGGGUGGCCUUUCGAUUGAACAGUCACCCGAUAAGCCGUAUUUCACUAUUAGCUCGGACAACAUAACCAUAUGAGGUUACUAUUCAUCCGGCGCCGAUGACAUAAUCGUACACAGACUCGAAACAAUCGAAGUCGAGCUUGCCUCAUACUCUCCAGUUAUGAAUGAAAUGACCCCUCUUCGAAGCGUCAAGGUCCCCUUUUCAUUGAAUACCGGUCUAUGGCAAAUAUCUGAGUCCGGGCGAAGGCAAAUCUAUCUUUAUAUUUUUCCAAAGACAUACGUCUUACACAUCAGCUCGGGACCAUCAAAGAGACCACGUUUAGAAAGUGGAGAGACCGCGCCUUAUCCUCGAAAAAAGGUUCACCUUAUGCAGCCACGGCACAAGAAGCCAGUCAUUCAGAUGCCGAAUCUUACUAAGGAGGCAACAAAGACCAAUGUCAAGACUGGAACAUCCAAUCUUGAAUUGCUCAGGCCCUCUAGCAGUGUUCGAUGGUGUGGUCUGAAUACUGCCUUUCGCAUCGACACUAUUUCCACAUCGCAACGAGGACGACGACAGAAGACAAGGGACUGUUUUAAGCUUAGUGCACUAGAGUUGGUGUUUAGUCAAUCAAGCACUACCCGUGUUUUCACAGGACAGCAUGCUCAACAUGGGCUGGUAUCGUUCAAAGCAGCCUCUUCAGCAACUGGUUGCAGUAGAGUGCGAAGAUGUUUGUCAUCAUGCGCCGGCGCGCGUGUAUAGACGGAUGAAGAGUACUGGCACGGCACGGAGGAGUGUAGGACUAACCCGUAUUUGGCUUGUUGGUAGACUCCAGAGAAGCUCAGUGCUGGGAACGUUCGUCUAGUAUGUGUCCCAAACCUCUUGCGCCUUAUCAACCGCAUACAGCCAGCCAUGGGGCCUCGUGCGACACCCCACCAGCACCCGAGCAAGUGUCAAACAUUGUGUACUGCUGUCAGCGGCCUUGACAUCUGUGGCUGGCUAUCGGGCAUUCCAGAUCGAUGAAGUCACUGUCGAUGAUGAAGCCCACUAGCCUCCUUAACCGUAACUCCUCGCCAACUGUCACAGAGGGCUUUCACUCCAGAUAUUAGACGUCAGCUGCACCCACCUUAACCAGGGACUCCUCCAUCUGCUUCAUUCGGCCGCCCAACUCCCGACGGUAGGUCAAGAGGCCUAAUCGUUAGAAGUCAGGCCAUGCUAGUGAUGGUAAGUUGGUGUACCCAGGUGCUGUCGCAUAGGUUGGCAUCCAGGAAUUCUUGGCUUCCUCGGUCGUCAUCUCGAUGGGUGAGUAUGCAUGCCUGAUCUGGGAAAUUCGGGGAGUUUGGCUACGCCGUUAUAGGCUCAUGUGGCAGGUGUGCCGCGGAUGGUAACUGCAUUGGUCGAUUGGCACCGAAGCACUACCUGGACCAGGACGAACUCGACGACUUACGUAGCUGCCCAGGGGAUAUGCACACCUGAAGGAAGGAGCCUGCUGGGUAGCGACGCUGAGCAGCCAGAUCGAUGCCAGGACCAGCUGACCACGGUCGGCAAGAUCGGUGUGGGCAGUCAGGUCAGUGAUAUCGUCAGCCCAGA